AUGUGUGUUACGCACUAUGGCAGGAGGGCUUCAGUGUUUGUGGUAGAGGAGUUAAAUCCUUUCGAGGGUUGGUCUCAAGGUUCAUUCCGUAUUCGGUUGAAUGCGGGCGCAUGUGAUUGUAAUCUCUUCCAAUCACUCCAUUUCUCAUGUCACCAUGCACUUGCCGCCUGUACUGCUGCAAGUGUUAAGUGGGGAACAUAUGUUCAUCCGGUAAGGCAAGAGGCUGUGUUCAAGGUGUAUGAAGUGGAGCUCCCAUCGAUACCAGACGAGAAGCUGUGGCUGGAGUGGUACAGGACACGAUUGCGUCCUAAUCCAUCCAUACGCAGAAAAGCAACUGGGCCACCAGUUUUCACAAGGUUUCGUAUUGAGAUGGAUAAAGGAAAGCGCCAAGAAAAAUGGUAUGAGUUAUGUAGGCAAACCGAACAUACUCAGAGAAGCGAUUCCCAACAAGUAGGAUAUUUUAUUUUUUAA